CUCAUAGAUGAGAGUGUUUAAGCCUCUAGCACUGCAGGCAGCAUGCAGCUAGCUAGUUGUAUGUACAGCUACUCCAAAUCAACUGCUUGGUUUGGUGCUUUGCCAAUGAGCAAUAUCCACACACGCCCUUCAUUAACCAUCUCAGCUGCCCACCAAUCUCCCAUCAUAAAUGUUCUCACCCCUUUAUAUUUCCCCCAGCCCCCCAAUUCUCUUCCAAUUGAAACAAACAAACAACCAUCAUGGCUCCACAAAUGCCGGAUUUCUCACAAUCAGUAAAACUCAAGUACGUCAAACUAGGAUACCAAUACCUCGUAAACCACUUCCUCAUCUUCUUGCUUAUCCCUAUCAUGCUCGCUCUCUCAAUCCAAGCCCUUAACACCAGCCCCGAAGAAAUCCUCCAACUAUGGAACUCAAUGCAUUUGACCUUAGUUCACAUCAUAUGUUCCUUAUUCCUCGUCAUCUAUUCCUUAACUUUCUUCUUCAUGUCAAGGCCUCGAACCGUAUACCUAGUCGACUACGCCUUGUUCAAGCCUCCACGCAGCCUCCGGGUCUCCUUUGCUGGUUUCAUGGAACACGCGAAGCUGGCAUUAUUCACCGAGCCUAAAAGUGUGCAUUUCCAAAUGAAAAUCCUCGAACGCUCAGGCCUCGGGGAAGAAACCUGUUUGCCGCCUGCCAUUCAUUAUAUCCCUCCAUCACCAAACAUGGCGCAUGCAAGAGAAGAAGCUGAGUUUGUCAUCUUUUCUUGCAUGGAUUCUCUUUUCCAGAAAACAGGCCUCAAGCCUAAAGACGUUGAUAUACUGAUCUUGAAUUGCAGUCUUUUUUCUCCGACUCCAUCUUUAACUGCCAUGGUCAUUAAUAAGUACAAAAUGAGAAGCAACAUAAAGAGUUUCAAUCUUUCCGGAAUGGGUUGCAGCGCGGGUUUGAUAUCCAUUGAUUUAGCGAAAGAUCUUCUCCAAUACCACCCCAAUUCAAAUGCUGUGGUUAUAAGCACUGAGAUUCUCACCCCCAACAUCUAUCUGGGGAAAGAAAGAGCCAUGCUCCUUCCCAACUGCUUGUUCAGAAUGGGCGGCGCAGCCAUUCUCUUGUCCAACCGGCGGGCAGAUCGCCGCCGUGCAAAGUACCGACUGGCUCAUGUGGUCAGAACCCAUAAAGGAGCUGAUGAUAAAUCAUACAGAUGCAUAUCACAAGAAGAAGAUCCCGAAGGUCAUGUUGGGAUAAAGUUGAAUAUUGACCUCAUGGCUAUAGCUGGAGAGGCUUUGAAGUCUAACAUAACUACAAUAGGCCCUCUUGUUCUUCCUGCAUCAGAGCAAAUUCUCUUUGCUCUUUCACUUAUUGGAAGAAAAAUCUUCAACUCUAAGCUGAAGCCAUAUAUUCCGGACUUCAAGCAGGCCUUUGAGCACUUCUGCAUCCAUGCGGGAGGCCGGGCUGUGAUCGACGAGCUGCAGAAGAGCCUCCAGCUGACGGAGGAGCAAGUGGAGGCGUCGAGAAUGACGUUACACAGGUUUGGAAAUACUUCUUCAUCUUCAUUAUGGUAUGAAUUGAGUUACAUUGAGUCCAAGGGGAGAAUGAAGAAAGGUGAUAGAGUGUGGCAGAUAGCGUUCGGCAGUGGAUUUAAGUGUAACAGCGCCGUGUGGAAGUGCAACCGGACGAUCAAGACGCCGGUUGAAGGGCCCUGGGCUGAUUGCAUUGACAAGUAUCCAGUUUACAUCCCUGAAGUCGUCAAGCUUUAGUGUAAUUUUCUAUUUGCUUGAAGGAAUAAAAUGCUCAAACAUUGUGUUGAGGAUUUCUAUGUAAGGACCUUGUGUUUCAACCAAAAGGUUUAAGGAUCUUUGUACUGAGCUAGCCAGUUUAUCCACUGAAAUAGAAUUGCACUUUCUAUUA